GAAAAAUCCUUUUAUCGAUGCGAAGUAUGUGUUUGAUUAAAAAAAUGAUCAAAAAAUGAUUCUAUAUAGUAGGAUCCAACUUCAAAUAAAAGAAAAAUGUCAAUUUUAUGACGAUUUUUAACUAAAUAUUUCGAACGAAUACCAUCAAAAAAUAAGAUUUAUCGUACUAAUAAAUUCUUCUACGACCUAUAUCAAUGUAUAGUGCAAAAUUUUGCACAUUGUAGAAAAAAUAUCUUCGAUACAACCUUGUAUCUCUUCCAUUGCGUUUAUUAAAUUAAUUUCAGAAUAUAGUAACACAAAUAUCUAUCAUACAUACAGAAAUGGCCGAAGAAAAUAAGAAGGAUACCAAAAAUCAAGUAGAAGAAUUGUACGCAUGGAUCUCUAAGAUUCCACUUUCAAAAUCAACAAAGAAUUUAUCUAGAGACCUUUCGGAUGCUGGUAGUUAUAGCACGAAACAAUUAUUCCGAAAUUCAUUUAGCUUCUUGUAAUUAAAAUAAUAAGGAAACCUGUUCCUUAGUAAUAAUAGCGGAAAUCCUUAAAAUGUAUUACCCUCGCUAUGUUGACCUCCAUAAUUACGUACCAGCCAACAGUUUAACUACGAAGACAGAAAAUUGGAAAGUGUUAAAUCGAAAAGUACUAAAUAAAAUUGAUAUGAAAUUAACUAAAAAUGUUAUUAAUCAGUUAGUAAACUGUCAUCCUGGAGCUGCUGAAAAUAUGUUAUUAGAAAUAAGAAAGAAAAUUAUAAAAGAUGGAAUUGAGCCCCGGAAUCUUCAGGACCUACCACAAAAUGACUCUAUCGAAGAAGGCAACAAUAUAAAAGUUAUGGCAAAGUUAUCAAAGAAAUCAAUGUCAAGUCCUACUGGUCACCCAAUUUUGAAGGCUCUUGAUUGUAAGAGAUCAAUAUUUACACGCGCCAAAGAAAUGUUCUACUUUAUAUUGGAAUGGCUCAUAAGUUGGCUAUACACCUGGAAUUACUUUCAAAAUAUAAAGUUUCAAUUAGAGAAUCAAAAUUCGUUGAAAGAAGAUGCCGAGGCGUCUAGAACACAAAGAACAUCGGAGAAUAUCAACGAAGAAGACGCUGUUCCUCGUCACGUAUACGCGCAAUUAAGACGAAAAAUCCGGAAGAUCGACGAUAUUAUCUGCACUCUAAAUCACAAGCUUGCGUACCUUGAGAGCACGAUAAAGCUGAAAGACCUGCGAAUAUCCAACCUAACGUCGGAGAUCAUAGACAACACUGUGGAAUCCAAGCAAUUUGCAAAAAACCAAAUAAACGAUGCACAAACUUCGAUCGCAUAAUGUUCAGAAAAAAGUAAAAAUAGAGAAACAGUGCCAAUGAUACUAAAUAAAUACAAUUACCAUAGAACUAAUUCGGAUACUUGUCGCUUUAUUUUUUUUUAAGAUGAUGUACAUUAAUUCUCCACGUAUGAUAUAGAUAUACUAGUUACAAUCAUAAAAUUUUUAUGUACUUUUACUUUCACAUAA